AUGGCCGACAUCGCGCAGAAGCUGGAGCAGGCAGAGAUGGCCAUGGGAAGCAGCGUCGUCGCCAACAACGAUGAUGCCCUUUUUUUCCAACUUGCGGCCGAUACCGUCCACUACACCCCCUCGGGCAUUUCCACCUGCGUCGAUAACAUCCUCUCGGAGCUCAAUGGGCCUCCUCCUCCUCCUGUCUCGUCGCCUCCUCUUGUCUUAUCGCUGCCUCUCAACGCCCCUGCUCCGCUCGAUCAGCAGAAACGCCAUCCCGAGGCUCUCCCCUCCGAUGCGGCCUAA